UGUUUUUUUUUAUAUAUAAUGUCAUGUUUAGUAUGGAACGAGACCUUGUUUUCUAUUUCUGCUAACCGUUCUUCCUAGUGGACAUAUUUCCUUUGAAGUGGCAUUGACGGGGUUGAUCAUGAUGUUGAACAUGAUGUUACCGCCGUAGCUCUCGCCACUCGCCAGCUAGCCCAGCAGAAAACAUAAAGCUAAUACAGGUCGGUCGACUCCAAUAAUAUAGGCUACUACUUCGACAGACAGUCGUCUUGCAACGGUAGUUAGCUUCUAGCCUACUCAACAAACAUGAAAUCGUGAAAGUAACCAACAGUCAGUCAGAGUGGGAUUAUCGACAUAAUAGAAGAGAAUGGCGUGCAAGGUGUCAAAGUGACCUGCUAAAUCACAAACAUACAGCUGUGUUGAUUGUUGAAGUAACGUUACGGACGAGAGAAGAGACCGUGGGCCAGAGAGCAGAGAUGCCUUUCCUACAUGGCUUCAGGCGCAUCGUGUACGAGUACCAGCCGCUGGUGGAUUCUGUUCUGUGUGCAGUAGGACUGCAGGACGAGAACGGGGUCGAUGCCGACAGACUCUCUGCAGGGCAGGGUGUGUGUGAGCCGCUGGAAGAGGUUCUGAAGAGGGAGGCCCACUCUGCCGUGUUCGUGGAGGGCAUCAGCUGCGCCCUGUUCAAGGUGGCGGAGCGGGGCCUGGUCGGAGCAGCCGAGGUUCUGCUGCGCCACGGAGCCGACCUUAACUUUGAGGACCCUGUGUCCUACUAUAAUCCGCUCCACAUAGCCGUGCUGAGAAACAGGCCCCUCAUGGUGCGCAUGCUGGUCCAGCAUGGAGCCGACAUCGACAAGAGAGACCGAAUUCAUGAGAGUAGCCCCCUAGACCUGGCAUGCGAGGAAGCCGACAGGCUGCCGUGUCUGCGCACGCUGCUGGCGUUGGGAGCCAACGUCAAUGCCCACGACAAGAACGGUAAAACAGCUCUGCUCCAUGCCCUGGCCAGCAGUGAUGGACUCACGGUGAACAACACGGAAAACAUCAGACUGCUGCUUGAAGGAGGUGCCAGUGUGCAUGCGCGCACCAGCGAUGAGGAGACAGUGAUGUCGUCUCUGGUGUUCCUGGUGAAGGAGGCGCUGGACGGGUCCGAGGAGGACGCUGCACAGAUCGGCCAGUUCUGCCUGCGUGUCACCGAGCUGCUGCUGGACCACGGUGCUGACCCCAGCUGCAGCUGGACCCCCGGGGAGCCAGGGGGCGCUGGAGAGCAGCAGCAACAGGAGGAGCAGGAGGAGGCCGAGCCCUCCCUCACGCAGACAUGCCUGGAGCACUUUGACCUGCUGUUCCCGCUCGCGCUGCUGCUGCUGCAGAGGGGCGUCGCCCUGCAGUGCCCGCUCCACGGUGCCACUUGCUGGUCCGGGCGCCAGCUGCUGCUCGGGCGCCUUGAGGCGGCGUUGCGGGAGAGCACUGGCGCAGCGGGGACUGCCGACCUGCUGGCCCAGGCCGAGGCCCUGCUGGAGCUGGCUCAGGCCUGCUGUCCCCUGCCCGCACCUCUGGAGCCCCCCCACACUCACACCACCACGCCUCCAGGGCGCCCCGAGACUCACCCCCAGGCCCCCCACGCGGCCGUGCUGGAGCUCCGAGCCUGGCUGCGGGAGCAGGAGUCGCGGCCUCCUCCCCUGCGUCUGCUCUGCCGGAGGCUGCUGCGCCACUGCCUGCUGCCAGGGCCCCUGGGGCCCAAAGUCCAGCAGCUGCCGCUUCCUGACCGCCUCAAAGACUUCCUGCUUCCUGAGAGCAGCAUGCAGCGCUGGCCGGGGUGGGACCGCUGCCGACCCAGCCACCCCCCUCGCUGAGGACUCGCCUCCAGACACCACUACGGUAGCCUGAGAGGACCAAUCAGAGCUACUGCUGUGAACCCUCAGCGUGAUGUGAUAAGAGCCAGUGGCUGGUAGUCAGUCGGUGAGGGGACCUGUGGCUGUCACAGCUUCAGCAUGGACUUGAUUUAACUGGCUCAAGCUGUGUCUGUGACUGUGUGAGACUGUCCAACCGUGUGAGACUGUGUCAAACUGUGUCCAACUGCAUCAGACUGCGUGGCUCUUAUUGUUCUAGACUGCGUGGCCAUUAUAAUGCUGGUGUACUGUUUAUUUACCAGUUCUUGUUUACAGCCACAAUCAAUCAGACCUAUUUAUCUGCACUGCCACCCCUGCAUUGCUCCUCUGGCCAAUCUGCCCCAGUGCUAAGUGUCGAUGCUGAUCAGUGGAGGAUGCCUUGCCUCUCUCUGCUCCUCAGCCUUUGUGUGUGUGUGUGUGUGUGUGUGUGUGUGUGUGUGUGUGUGUGCGUGCGUGCGUGUAAGACGUGCCUUACAGAACCUCAGGAGAGGUUCAUAUUGUCUGAUCCAAUGUUUGAGGUGUCUUUGAUUGAUAAAUUAACGUGCCUGAGUUGUUAUUCCUAUUAGCCUUUGCAGCUAUCUGUGAUGUCUCUGAACUCCUUAUGCAGUGAGCCACACACAUACGCUAACACAGUCACACACUCUCACACACACACACACACACACACUGACGUCUUUAUGACACCAGUGGUCUGGUGAAUUUGGCUCGUUGCUGUGGAAACCGAAUGAUGUGCCAGCUUCAUGUUGUGGAACGUGUCAGAGGUGUUUUGCUCUGUGAAAUAAAAGCUUCAUGCUGCAGCA